AUUAACUGGACUGCAACCCCAACACCAAGGACGGAGGGAUGUAUCGUAGAUGAGACGCUAAUGAUCUUUACAACUAUCAGGAUUCGAAUGUGAUUGCAGCGUCGUUGCAUACGGGCAUGGUCUUGACAGAUAUAUUCAGGAAGAGUGGAGCGGAUCCGGCGAAUUUGCCUAUGUAUACGGUAAAUCUAUCCGCCGACUUUAUGGUGUGGUUGGCGAGUCCGGAGGCCGCGUUCUUCAAUUGGAAACAAGUGUGGCAAAAUUGGGAUGUGGAUGAACUGAAGAAGUACUAGAGUGGGAAAAUUAAAGAUGGUCAGGAUAUGAUUCCUUGGGUAUAUAGAUGGC